UUUUUUCUUCAGCAAAUACAUAAACACAGAAAUGAGAUUGGUUAUUCGCGACGAUUAUGAUGAAGUUACUACUUAUGUUGCCAACUAUAUCAAAGAACGUAUCAAGCAAUUCAAGCCUACUGCUGACCAUCCUUUUGUCCUUGGUCUUCCCACUGGUUCUUCUCCAGUAAAUGUCUAUAAGCUUCUUGUUGAGAUGUACAAGGCUGGUGAAAUCAACUUUGAGCAUGUCGUUACCUUCAACAUGGAUGAAUACGUUGGUUUACCUCGUGAUCAUCCUGAAUCCUACCACUCUUUUAUGUGGAAGCACCUCUUUAUGCAUGUCAACAUCAAGCCUGAAAAUGUUCACAUUUUGGAUGGUAAUGCCCCUGAUUUAGAUGAAGAAUGUAAGAAAUUUGAAGCCGAGAUUGCCCGUGUUGGUGGUAUCGAACUCUUCUUGGGUGGUAUUGGUCCCGAUGGUCACAUUGCCUUUAACGAGCCUGGUUCUUCCUUGACUUCUCGUACGCGUGUCAAGACAUUAGCUUAUGAAACUAUUAUUGCUAAUGCCCGUUUCUUUGAUGGUGAUGUCUCUAAGGUUCCUAAACUUGCUUUGACUGUUGGUGUUGCAACUGUAAUGGAUGCUCGUGAGGUUGUUGUUAUUAUCACUGGCGCACACAAGGCUAUUGCCUUGGCAAACUGUAUUGAAGGUGGUGUGAACCACAUGUGGACUGUUUCGGCCAUUCAAAUGCACCCUAAGGGUUUAAUUGUGUGUGAUGAAGAUGCAACCCUUGAGUUACACGUUAAGACUGUCAAGUACUUUAAAUCUAUUGAGCACGUCCAUCAAAGCUUGAUUGGUCCUGAAAACUUGUCUCUUCAAGGCGGUGUGAAGCAACUCAAGAAAUUGACUCAUAGUUCUAGAUCGCAAACUCCCUUAAAUGGUCCCUAUGAUGAAUAAUUGCCAUUUUUUCUUUGUUACAUACUAUAUUCCUUAUCUCUCUUUAUAUUCAAACAAUAUAUAUAUAUAUUAUACAUAUACACUAUAGUCAUCUUGAAUAAAUAUACACAUUUUCUUUCUCA